GUUAUGUGGCAAUGGGAUUGGAGCAUUGGGAUAAACAAUUAUUUACUUAGACGUGACCCUUAUAUGCCUGACUGUCAAACUCCAGGAAGAAAUGAGCUGCACGGUGUCUCGUCGUCAAGGUUACGUGUACCGAAUCAGAAACUUUCACUGGUGACAAGCUAAUUGUUUCGCUAACAGUGGGUAACUCAAUGACUGUAGAAAAGUCAUUGGGGUAACUAGUACAGUUCGCCAUUGUGCUAUAUAUAUUUCAGUUACAAACCCAUAAAUAAUGAUGAAAAAAAAUGUCCGAAGUGGUUAAAAAGGAAGACAAGUCGGGAGCUGUUUCGGUUCGGGUGGAAGACGAUUUAAGACAACUCAAACCUAGUCUUGAGAAAGUGACUGUCAGUGAGGGGAGGACAACACUGAACACUCAGGCCCUGAACAUCAGGAAACAUGCAGAGGAUUGUUUGAAAACAGUGAAUAAGCAGCAGCUGGUUCUUCCUCCCAUUGAAGAUUUACAAAAAAAGACUAUUUCUAAAUGGACUCCUUGUCUGGAGAAAAUCUCAGAUGUGAAGAAACAGAGAGAAAACCUUCCAGGAGCUCCAGCAGGGGAACAGGACAAGUUAGCAUUGAACAUGUGUUUGCCAAACAAAAGAUCCAUUAGGCAUCAGAAAUCUGGGAAAUUGCUUACUGAUACUCACAGGAAGAGAGCAAAUGAGGCAAAAGGUGACAGGAUAAUCUCUGGCUCUGUGGUGAAUCUUCAAGGAGCUGAAUCAAAGGGCCAUCACAUCCUGGUAGUUCCCAAAGAAGACUUUUGGACAGAUUCAAAGUCCACGUGCCACGAACAGCCAGUAUGUAAAACAAAAGCUGAAUCCACUUAUUUAAGAGCAGACAAAGACUGCACACCCACUGAGACACCAGCUUUCGCCACAACUUCCAAGAGCAUGGUUCCUAGAAGUCCUCAGAGCCUGCCUGUAGAUAUCCCCAGGUACCUUUUUACAAUCAGAAGUGGACAGGUCGACCCAAUGGCUGCAGACUUCUGUCAUUUCAAGCAGUGUUUUGUCUUGUGCUGGAGCAGUGUGGUUGAUGUUCUAGAGGCCCUGCAAAAACUGCUCAGGGAGUUUGCUGUGCCUUUAGCCAAAGUGGGUGGAGAGCGCCUGGUGGAGCUGAGCCAUGUUUGGGAUAGUGGUUGGAGUAAGGCUCCUUCAGCGAUGCCUGUCCUCUCAGUGCUAGAAAACUGGGAGGAGGUUUCAGAACUCAUCUCGCACCCAGGUCAGCGCUACAAGGGAGAGGGAGGCAUCGAGGCCGCUGCCAUCCACAUCCAGUCCUCCUGGAGGCGCUACUUAGCCCGGACAGCCUACUUGUGCCACUGUCGCCGCAAGUGGGCGGCAGGCACCAUUGCCAUCUCAUGGUUGAUGCACGCUCAGCUGUGCCGUGUCAGGAAGGCCCUGCAGGCUCGGCGUUUUAGUCAGCUGGAAAACAGCCGCAGCCGAGCACAGCAUCUGGCAGCCAACUGGAAACGCAUCCAGUCCUUCAAGAGGACCAUUAUCCACAUCCCUUCAUUAGGAUACUCUCAGGGGAAACGACUGAACUUGAGAGGCUCUGACAUCCUACAGAACAUCCAAAUGAGCAGGUUGUGUGAUAUUAGAGAUGAAAAUGUGGAGGUGAUCUACAUAUGUCCCCAGCAUCUGGGAAACGACAUCUUGGACUAUUACACCAGCCUCCUGAAGUGUGAUGGAGCCACAGAUGGGGCUGAUACCAGGACCGCUCGAGCCUCAUCCUCCGUGAGACGCUACAUCAUCCUCACACCUGAGGCUGUAGAUUAUUUCCCAACCCAUAACAUGUGCCUGUCUACACUUCUGAAGUACAGUCCACAAACCCUGAAGCACAUCAGAAACCUGAUCCAGGGGAAGCAUGCCUAUAUUGUGGGUGGAAUUGCCCACGUGGAUGACCUGGCGGUAGCUGAUGAGUUAGGGCUACCAAUCCUGGGUCCAGAACCUGCUAUUGCUCAACACUACAGCACCAAAUCUGGAGGGAGGAGAAUUUUUGUGGGGGCAGAGGUCGAUGUGCCACCUGGUCAAGGAGACAUCUACUCGCUAAACCAGUUUGCACAUUUUUCAAUCUUGGUCAAGCUUCAUGAAACACUGGCAGAGCUUAUGACUCAAAACACUGAUGUGCAGCGCUGGCUCUUCAAGAUUGACUCAGAGGAUGGCAGCCACGGUACAGCAUAUUGUGAUACAUGCCAUCUUAGUUGCUAUAAGUGGGCUCUGCAGGAGUAUCAUCGUUACGGUCCGGAGCUGUGGAACCCAAAAUGCAUUCAGGAGACUGUGCUGCUCAGAUAUUUAGAUGAGAUCCCAGAAUGGCUGACCCAUUAUGCCCAGCCUGCUAAAACCUCCUGCUAUCCCAACUGGGCCUGCUUCCUGAAGACCUUCCUCAGGCAAGGAGGUGUGGUGGAGGCCUACCCCCCUUCAAACAGUGUCACCUGUCUGACAGUAGAUCUGCUGCUGGAGCCAGGGGGUGAAGUGACCAUGUUCUCUUGUGGAGACCAACUCCAUGGUGGUUGUAAACUUGAAGCUAUAGGCUCCAUUGUUCCUCAGAGCUCUGUACACCCAGAAACUUUGCACUCCAUCUGCACCCGUGUAGGCCGGGCCUGCCUGCAGCGGCGUAUCGUAGGUUAUGUCUCUGUGGAUCUCGUUAGCUUUCUGGACCAUAACACCAUGGAGAAGAAGGUGUGGGCUGUUGAUCUGGACAUCACAUACAGUAACCAGCUGGCCAUGACCCAGAUGCUUCUGAUGAUGACUGGAGGAACGCUGAAUUGCCGCACAGGCUGUUUAGAAGCGCCAAUGCCAAUCAGCGAGAAAUGCUGUGAACACCAGAUCGUGCCCAAAGCUCCAGUUGGAAAUCUUUGUGCAGUUAUUGGGAACCACUUAUUUCACUAUGACCUUUCCAUGUUAUACAAUAAGGUGUUCCUUAUGAUGUGCAAGGCCCAUGGCAUAAGAUUUAACAAAAAGACAAAGCAAGGCACAGUUUUCGCUUUUUUUGACAGCAGUAAGCGAAGCAGUAUUGGAAUGAUAACAGUCUCAGAGGAUCUCCAGAGAGCUCUCGCGACCUUUGCUCGGCAUCUGUCAGUCAUUCAUCAGGAAAUAUCAAUCCCUAAAAGCCAAGGAGAAACCAAUUUCAUGGAGGUGAUUAAGGAAAUAGAAGAUAUACUGCAGAUGACUCAGAACAAGCUUCAACGGGAGGCUAAACCUGCAUCUUAGAUAGUUCCAUUAUCAGUGUUGCUGACUUGCUUUUCCAAAAUCACUAAAUAUAACUAAAUAUGUCUACUCUGAAGAUGAUUGAAGGACUUUCCAAAUAAAUUCCUGAAAAAACCCCCUAAAUAUAUCACAAAUCUGUAAAAUCACUGGCUUUGUAAAAAGUUUCAAAAGCCUGAAUAUACUUUACUAUAAACAAAGAUUACACUGCCAGAAACCUAUGCAGAAGGAAUUUGCAUGUGUAAAUCA